AUGGCGUCGAUGGACAAGUUCUUCAGCAGCUAUGCUGCACGAAAUGCCACCCUCGAGGCAAGCGGCAACCCUUUUGCCAAAGGUAUCGCCUGGGUCAAAGGAGAUCUCGUUCCUCUCUCCAAGGCGCAGAUCCCUCUGACAGACCAGGGUUUCUUGCACAGCGACCUAACUUACGACGUGCCGUCUAUCUGGGACGGGCGUUUCUUCCGUCUGGACGACCAUCUCUCUCGACUCGAAGCAAGUUGCCACAAACUUCGAAUGCGACUACCGCUUCCAAAGGAAGAGUUAAAGCGCAUUCUAGAAGAAAUGACUAGGAAAAGCGGAAUCAAAGAUGCAUUCGUUGAGUUGAUUGUCACUCGGGGAAUGGUUGGCGUGCGCGGAAACAAGAUCGAAGAUCUCCUCAACAACAACUUGUACAUGUUUAUUCAGCCUUAUGUCUGGGUUAUGGAGCCAGAAGUUCAGCGCACUGGUGGCAGUGCUAUUAUUGCUCGUACUGUUCGGAGGACUCCUGUUGGCUCUAUGGAUCCAACUGUCAAGAAUCUGCAGUGGGGUGACUUAACUCGCGGUUUGUGGGAGGCCGCGGAUCGCGGUGCGACGUACCCAUUUUUGACAGAUGGUGAUGGCAACCUCACUGAGGGUUCCGGAUUCAACAUCGUUCUCGUCAAGAACGGAGUUCUCUAUACUCCCGAACGCGGCGUCCUCGAAGGAAUCACCCGCAAGAGUGUGCUCGACGUGGCUCGAGCCAAUGGUAUCGAAGCCCGGGUGGAGUUCGUGCCAGUGGAUAUGGUUUAUCACUGUGACGAGCUGUUCAUGUGUACGACUGCUGGCGGCAUCAUGCCCAUCACUUCUCUGGAUGGGAAGCCUGUGAACGGUGGCCAGAUAGGACCUAUCACCAAGCGGAUCUGGGACGGAUAUUGGGCCAUGCAUUACGAUUCACGAUAUAGCUACGCCAUUAACUACGGGGAGCGACAGUCCGCAGAUACCACCCGUGCGCAGAGGCUCUAG